AUGCAAGGAGGAAGAAGAGAUAAUUGGAUAACGAUUCAAAUCAUUAAUUUUUUGAUUUUUGGAAUUUCUGUUCAAGCUGGGAAACCAAAUAUUACGCUCUGUCGUGAUGUCCCAUCGACAUGGUCCAACAUCUCAACACCAGAAGUAGUUGUGCUCCGUGAGCACAAUCUAGACGACAUUCGAAUGACGUCAGCAUUAGACGACGUGGAAUGUUGGAUUCAGAAGAAGUUCCACGUGGCAAAUCAAGAAGUGGUGCGAGUGGAAACGAAAGGAGAUAAUGAGACAAUUUGCUACGCGAUUAGUACGGUAGAUGUGAAGAGAGGACAAAUGAUUGUGGUGAUUAGUGAAGGACAAAGUGCUCAGAAUUGUACACCGAAUAUUUAUGGACCACUUCCCAAUGUUUUGAAUCGUGGCGGUCUAACAUACACCGACGAAGAAGUCGAUUUUCAAAUUCAAGAAGUCGAUUCGGCUUCUCGUGUCAACGUCAUCCAACCACCAGCACCUCUUCAGAAUCUCUCAUUUAAAACUGCUCAAGCUCUGCCACGAACGUCUUCAAAAACGACGACGUCGUCUUCUGAAUCAGAUGACGUGGAACCACCGAUGAGAACGGCCAAGGAGGAGACAGAAAACCACCCGAAAACUGCAAUUUCCGGAGAGAUUCCCGAAAAAAUGAAUACAGCAAUUUCGGAAAAAUCAACGAAAACUAUGCGUCUAUCGGCUACUGUAACUAAUACUACUGCUGGAAAUUCGGCUGAAACGAUUUCUUUGAAAACUGGAAGAGAUUAG